UGACGUUCUAGAAACUAAAUUAAUUAUUUAUUAUCGUUUAUUGUUUUCAACAAUGCCAAAGAGAUCACGUUCGAGGUCUAGAGACCGGGAAGAUCGGAAAACUUGUAAAAAACUCAAGUUAAUGCAGGAACAAAUUGAUAACCUAACAAAAUGUAUGACGGAGUUUAUUCAAAGCCAAAAAAAGGAAAACAAUACUCCAGAUGUUGUGGAGGCUAAUAAAGAAAAUAUACCAGAGAUAUCUAAUAAAGACUCUGACAAAUCUACAAAUAAUUGCAACUUGCAACUCUCCCCUUCCUCCGACGUUGAUAUUAUUACACCCGAGGAUAAUAUUCAAGAAUCAACUGAAGCUCCACAAGACUGGAACCAGGAGUUCCUAGAAAUGAUGGGAGAGGAAUUACCUUGCUCUAAUGCAACCACAAAUAUUGAUGAGACUAUCCAGAAACAGUGGACUAAUUGGAUCACAAAGGGUCUAACAGAGGAGACUCGAAAGGGUCUUAUCAAAAAAUAUUCUAGAGAAGGACCUCUUCGCACCGAAGCACCCAAAAUAAAUAUGGAGAUAGUGAGCCACUUAACAGAAAUUGCUAAAAAGAGAGAUCAGCACUUUGCCGACACCCAAAAUUGUGUGGGUACGGGCCUGAUUUCAAUCGGGUCAGCUAUAUCAAUGUUAAUGGAAAACCCCGAAGAGGGAGUUGACCACAUGCAACUCAUGAAAUAUCUGUGGGACACUGGAAAAAUUAUGACAGAUAUAUUUCAUCAACACUCAGUUGCAAGAAAGUCUUUCAUUACACCAAAUCUUGAUAAGGACAUUAGAUCUACCCUAGAAGCGACAGAUUCUGACGAAUGGCUUUAUGGUCUCAAACUAAACGAGCAAGUUAAGGAUGCCAAAAAUAUAAAGAAGGCUUCAGCUUCACUUAAGGCACCAGAAAGACCACCAGCUAAGAAGCCAUACCAACCAUACCAACAGCCCUAUCACUCCUAUCAGCCCUACCAGGUAAACUGGAGAGGCCCACCUGCGAGACCCAGACAGGUGGGCUAUUAUCCACGGAGGCAAUUCACCAAUGUGAGAUACAAACCGAAGCCAUUCCAGACGAAGUCUUCACAGAAUGCAGGACGCUCCACGACACAAAAACAAAACCGUCCAGCAUCGAAGAAGUAGAGGAGCAGAAUACAUCCUCUAUCACACAAACUUUCUCUAGUGGUAGGGAAAUUAUCAGGGAGGCGUACCUGAAAAAAGGAGUUCCCGAGAUGUCGGUUGAUUUUAUUAUAGACUCAAUAGCACAAUCCACUCUUAAGCAAUA